GUUGUACUGCGAGCAGUCAUGAUUAGCAGAUUAGUCCUACCUACAUGCUCGAAACGGUUUUUUGUGAGACAGUUUUGCUCGCAUGACCACAACCCCAAAGCAACCAAAGCAGCAACGACGUCGACAGCUACGCUUGAGCUUGCUACAAAACAGCAGCUAUACAUGCUAGACCCAGCAUCUCCAGGAUCAGUGUUUUUCUUGCCACAUGGAACACGUAUAUUCAAUAAAUUGUUAAAGUUCAUGAAACUCCAACAAGAAAAACAAGGAUUUACUGAAGUUAUUUCACCUUUAAUAUACAAGAAACAACUCUGGGAAACGUCAGGACAUUGGGCUAAAUAUUCGGAAGACAUGUUUCGUGUAGAAGGAAAUGACAAAUCCAAGUCUAAUGAGCUGGAAAAGGACGAUAUUUAUGGUUUGAAGCCUAUGAAUUGUCCGGGCCACUGUGUCAUAUUUAAACGGUUCAACAGGUCCUACAAGGAAUUGCCUAUUAGGUUUAGUGAUUGGUCAAGUUUGCAUCGUAAUGAAGCUAGUGGUGCUUUAACGGGAUUGACACGUGUCAGAAGGUUCCACCAAGAUGAUGGACACAUAUUUUGUACCCAUGAACAAGUUGGUGAUGAGAUUUCUAAAACUAUCAAAUUGAUUAAGAUAUGUUACUCUGUCUUUGGGUUGGAUAACUUCAGAAUGAUGCUUUCAACGAGGCCCGACAACUACAUCGGAACUUUGGAAGACUGGACACGUGCCGAAAGCGAACUUUCUAAUGUUUUAGACUCUGAACUAGGGGCUGGAGAAUGGUCUUUGAGAGAGGGAGAUGGUGCAUUCUAUGGUCCUAAAAUCGAUAUAUUGCUGACUGAUCACUUUGGUAAAGAGCAUCAAGCAGCAACCAUCCAAUUGGAUUUUCAGCUUCCUCAAAGAUUUAAACUUGAAUAUCAAAACGCUGAAGACAGCUAUGAUACUCCAAUCAUGAUCCAUAGAGCAAUUUUUGGGUCAGUAGAACGUUUCAUGGCGUUGUUGAUUGAUCACUACGCAGGUAAAUGGCCAUUCUGGUUAUCUCCAAGACAAGCUGUUGUUAUUCCAAUUAACGAUGCUCAUAAAGAUUAUGCCAGAGAGGUUGUAAAGGUUUUGAGUAACGAGUCUCAAGAUUUUGAACAUGCAACUAAGUUGAGUCAAAGUAAAUUUUACGUUGACUUGGAUGAUAGAAACGAAACAAUCGGUUUCAGAACAAAAGAGGCCAUUGGGAAAGGCUACAACUUUAUCAUACUUGUUGGUGAUAAGGAAAUUGAAAGCGGGAAGCUGGCUAUCAGACCAAGCUACAGUCGUAAAAUUGAAAACUUGUCUGUCGAUGACACUAGAAACAAAUUCAAAGAUCUUGAAAAUAACUAUCAUUGAGAUGAUAAAACUCUGUACAUAUAUAACAACCUAUCUGUUUAUUUUUAUUCCUAUAAAUACAAAUAUUAGAGCUAACAAAAGGUG